AUGUCGUCUUCAACAGAGGAAGAGGCGCUGAAUGCCGCUCUGCUGCGUUCGCGGCAAACCAAACGAGACAUUUCCGACUUUCUUCAGGAACUGGAGAUUGAAAAAGGCGCUUGUGGAGCCCAGUGGACUGCAGAUCAGGGGGGUUUGGCGAAUGCCCUGGUCUCAGACUCCGCGAACGUACCUCCUCUCCUGAGAGAAAUAGCCACUGCGUCCCCGCAUUCUCUUGGUUUUCCUCCUGCACCACAGAAUUCGAGCACAGCAGGCGUGUUCGUUGAUGGUUCUGUGGACGGAACAACCCUCCUCUCGUCUGUCGUCAAGAACUACCUCCAGGACAAGGGCAGCAGGGUCGUUUUUCACCCUUGUAGUGGCGGUGCAUCUGGAGGCACAUCUCCGAACAAGCGGAAAACAGAAACCAACAAAGCGAAGAAAGAGGAAACAGACUUCUUCGAACUGGACACUGGGCCGCUCGCCCAACUCGAUUGGAUCACAGAAGACGAGGGAUGUCUUUUUUCGCCCCUGACAAAGCAGGCAGACGUUGGAGAGAACUCGAAGGAAGCUGAUGAAAUCGUUGCCCGAGAUCGACUCGGAGUUCAGGAACCAGGGACGUCGACGGUGGUUCAGCUGUUGACGGCAGAGCGAGAAGCCGUUUUGAGGCAAGAGAACUUGAUUUCCAAGGAGGAAUUUACUUUGCAGCUCAAAGUUGCUGAUGAACUACUGGCUGGGUGGAGAGUCGUCGAGCGACUGGAUCUCGCGAUCGAACAGCGGGAAUCGCAGCUACGAAACUUGAAGGUUGAAAUUCGAAGAACGCGUGAGCGCAUGCGGUUGUUUUUUCAUGCGCAAGUGGCCGCGUUACAAGACAAAGCGAAGAUGUCUGCAGCUUCGGCUCUUGCGCUGGCGCCGCUUCCGUUUCCGGCUCCGGCUCUCGAGGCGACUUCCUCUUCUUCGCUUCCUUCUGAAAUCCACGAAACGAGUUUCUCUCUGUCUUGUCGGUCGGUGGAUCUCAUGCUGUGCGACCGCGUCCUGUGUCGUCUGGACUCGUCUGCUUCUCCUCUCCACCCGGCUCUGCCUCCGCCUACGUACGCGGGCAACGCGCGCCUUCUUGCAACCCCAAGUAGAGAUUCCUCGCGAAACAUUCUGAGUCUUCUACGGCGGAAAAGAGGAGAAGAAAGCAAAUCAGAGGUCCGCCGUCUUCCCCCGAAUCUGCGUCAGCGACGGAGAGAGAGUCUCGCGAAAAAACGAGAGAAAUCCGUGAAGGACGGUCGAGGUCAGUUGCCAGGGAAGCUUGAAGCGUGUGCUUGCGGCGAUGGCUCGUUCUGCACCGCAUGGAGUGCCGGGUCGUCUGUGGGAGAAAUCGUGAGCGACUUCUGGAAGAGCGCGAAUUUUCCGAAGGCGAGUCGCGGACGAGAACGCCGCCAAGAGAGCGAAGAAGGAGCGAAUGUGCCUUGUCCUUUGCUGACGCUCGAAGACGUCCACAACAGCGACGAAGACGAGACUCUGGCAAAACCUACUGUCGAUGCAGCGAGGCGCAUCAUCGGAUUCGAAAGGGUCCUGAAAGAACGAAAACUCGGAAACGCGACGUCCCCGCGGGCGCUUGCACAAGCCGGAUGGACUUUCUCUGAAAAGGAUCCAGUUCGCCUUCAGCGCUCUUCUUCCGUGUGGAUGGAAAAAACCAAACGCGGAACGAGACAACCACGAGACGAGGGACAGCAGCGGCCGGAGGCCGAAAAGGCUGCGAGCGCGACGCCACGGCUUCUCCACGUGCGAAGGCUUCAAACGAGAGAAAGAAACAGCGACAGACGACAAGGGGAGAGAGAGAGAGACAUGCAGACGCUGCGCAGUCGGGGAAGGAAAAAGGAAACAGGAAAGGAGUUGGGAGAAAACUCGAACGCCCUACACGUCAAAUCCACGACCGACGAUAAAGAGAGAGGUAGCCAAACGCGACAAAGAAGAAAUCAGGAGACAGAGAGGGAAACGCGUCGGGAGGAGAAGAGACAGAAGGCAAAGAGGGGGAAUAGUGACGAAGCGAGAAGCGAAAAGCAUCCAGAACACCAGCCAGACGAGGGAAGACAAGCCUCUCUGUUGUGCUCGCGUUCGCGAGAGUCUUCUCCGCCCUCACUCUCGCACACGGAGGCUGUUUCUCUGUCUCCACAGUUGUCUUUCUCAAGCUGCGAUUUUAAACGAACAGUCUCAGGCGAAGGCGGCUUCGCCCAAGCGCCUCGAAGCACCUCACAUUUCUCCGUAGAAAGGCGAAACGAAGGUGCAGACGAGGAAGGCCGAGACGAAGAAGAACGCAGCGGUCCAGAAGACGAGCUCAACGCUACUCAGAGAAGCCCCUACAGGCCUUCUUCGGCGCAAGAGAAGCGCCUGUCGGAGAUCGCGGUGUGUCUGCGUUCAUGUUCUUCGCGCUCCUUCGUCGACAUCCAGGACGCGCAGUCUCUGAGCUUCAGUCGGACAUGCACAUGGAUGUCCGACUUCCCGCCUUCCUCGUUUACCUUGCGAGUCUGUCCGAGAAGUUCCUGCGGACGAGAGAAACACGAAGAAGUGGAGAUGCUGAGAGAAGCUUCGGAGAAGGAACCACCGCGUGGAACGCGCGACGCUUCUCUUUCGCCUGCUUCUUGCGAUGUCGCCUCCUCUCCGAGUGGCGGAGGAAGAAGCCUUCACGACGACAGACGCGCGGAGACAGCUCAGAGAGACGGAGACGUGCACAGCAAGCUGCCUGGCGAGGAGAGAAACGGGGAAGAGGAAGAAGGCGGCGGGGAAGGAGACGAAAAGCACAGUCAGGAACUCCGACAGAAAACACACAGAUCCGCAGCAGCGCAGAAAAAUCAAGAGAGCUUCAUAGCUUUGCAGAUCAACAAGCCAGCAGGCGAGAAUGCGACUUUGUUCACGCGGGCAUCGAGCGGGAGUCAACAAGCUUCGCCUCUCGAGCGUAAACCGUCUGCGCUGCGCCUGUGCGCGUUUUACAUGUUUUUGCCCAUACGAGUCAGGCACCAGCUCGAGUUGCUUCGCGCAGAUGCCGCCUUGGCCGCCGUCGAGGCUCGGCUCUCCCGCCUGCGGCAACGUCCCUCUGGAACUCGAGUGAGCUCCACAGUGAUCGGGCAACUCCUCGCAGAAGCCGCGCGCGAGCGACUCGAGUCGAAUGGUGGUUUCCCUUCGUCGAAAAGAAGCGUUUCGUCGUCCCAACUCUCGAGCGUCUGCAGCCGUGAGGAACCGCAGAGUGAACAAGAAGCAAACAGCUUAGCAGAGAGACACCAGCGACACGCAGCAGACAGAGGAGACCCUGGAGGCGAAGGAGACGGAGAAGACCCUCGAGAUGCUGGAGGAGACACCCGCGCUGCUCAAGGUGGUGAGACUUUGUCGCGUUCUGCUUCGGGUUCGGCUUCUUCGAACGGUCUCGUCGAACGGUCUAGGGGGAAGGGAGAAACACCCGAGGUCGAGUGGGCACAAGAAGAGCAGAAAGAAGUCAACUUGGACAGAAGGGAGGGACAAACGAACGGAACCGUAGAAGGAGAAGAAGACAGAGAAGCGGAAGGAGAGGAAAGAGAAGAACUGGCGGACGCUGGGUCGUCUCUCGGUCGCGCAAGUGAGAUUCUGAUUCGCUUGCAGGAGCAGCAGAAGCUCGCAGAAGGCCUUCUGAGGGAGGCCGAACAGGCAGUGAAGGAGACGACAGAAAACGAGGAGGGGCUGCGGGUGGCUCUGUCUCUCGCUGAGGACCCAGAACUUCUUCUGUUUGAACUCGAACGAGAUGCAGAAAAAUCCGCGGGAGAAACCGCCGCGGAAAGAGGAAGUGAAAGUGGUAAGGACAAGAGAGCCAGACGCCUGACGUACGGAGGCACCAAUCCGAAAGAAUUGACACGCAGAGCAAGAGCGCUGGCGUUUCGCAGAUUUCACACACACCCGCCAGCCGCAAAAGGGGGGGGGCAGGCCAGAGUGAAGGAGAGAGAGAAAGACGAAGCUGCGCGAGGAAGAGGGGAAUACGGAGUGGAGACCGACGCCGGCAGACAGACAGAGGGAGAAGAAGAAGCAAGGCUUGAGAGAACAGGAAAUCGAAGAGAAAGAGCAAACGCAGAGGAAGCACCCAGAGGCUCUGCAGCCUUGACAGGAGUGAUGGGUCACCUGCAAGAAGAGGUGAGAGAAGUCGAACAGAACAGGAGAAGAAAGCGGGGGGAGCGCGGGACAGAGAAGAAGACAGAAAUAACGAAGGAAACACAAUAA